AACUGCGUCGGCUUCCUCUACCCGCCCUACUUUGAGGACGAGCUGCGCUACCAAGUGCUCUACCUGCAGGACACGCCUGGGGAGGACAUCCUGUGUGUGCUGUAUGAUGUGUUUGACUUCAUCGAGGAGGCCACGCGGGGCGGGCGCGUGCUUAUCCACUGCAGCCAGGGCGUGUCUCGCUCCGCCAGCCUGGCCAUCGCCUACCUGAUGUGGCGCCAGGCGGCCGUGUAUGAUGACGUCUUUUUGGCUGUCAAGGCGGCGCGCGGCGUCACCAACCCCAACAUCGGCUUCAUCUGUCAGCUGCUGCAAUGGCACAAGCGGCGGCACGCGCCGCUGGACAGCUGCCGCCUGUACCGCAUCGCGCCGCAGUCGGCAGCGGCGGCGCAGCACCUCGUGCCGAAGCCGGUGGGCGCCCCGGCUGGCGGCGCCAGCCUGGACCCUCGCGGCGCCUUUGUGCUGCAUGCCCCGGCUGCGCUGACCAUCUGGGCAGGCGAGGCCUGC